GCUUCCUUUCAGUGCCAACUAUCAGUGCCAGUCAUUGCCACCUAUCAGUGCCGUCAUCAGGGCCGCCUAUCAUUGCCCGUCAGCGCCGCCUAUCAGUGCCAGUCAGUGCUGCAUAACAGUGCCAGUCAGUGCCGCCUAUCAGUGCUAGUCAGUGCUUCCUAUCAGUUUCACCUAUCAGUGCCAGUCAGUGCUGCCUAUCAGUGCCUGUCAGUGCCACAUAUCAUUGCCCGUCAGUGCCGCCUAUCAGUGCCCAUCAGC